AUGGCUUUCCCUUCUUCCGACCUUCACUUUACCUUGUUACCUCUAAUGGCCCAAGGCCAUAUGAUACCCAUGGUGGACAUUGCCAGAAUGCUAGCCCAACACGGUGUUCUUGUCACUAUAAUCACAACUCCAUUUAACGUUGACCAUUUUAAAUCAGUCACUGAUCGUGCAAUUAAAGCUAACCUCAAGAUUCAAGUACUUGAACUCAAACUCCCUUUAGCUGAAGUUCGAUUGCUUGAAGGAUGCCAGAGUUUUGACUUGAUUCCAUCAAUUGCACUCGUGGUCAAAUUUGUUGAUGUCAUUUCCAUGUUAGAGAACCAACUGAAAGCAUGCUCCGACAUUUAA